ACAAAUGGCUCCACAAUUUCACUGAAAUAUUGACUGCCUCCGGUUUGUUGUGGAGGACACUGGACAUCAAAUUUUAAAUGCACCAUUAUAAUUUGUCCCUCCACUCACGUAUUCUGACCUCAGCUUGGAUUCAGUGAAUUUUGAGACUUAAGUUUCUGGGGUGUGUAAAGCUUUACAAGCCAAGCUACAGCCUGUUGACUCAUGGCGAUUAAUACUGACGUUGAGGACUGGGGCGGAGUAGGGAGUAAUGAUUCUGGAGAGCGGGCGUGGCUCUUACAGAGCCCCAGUGUGGAUUCUGUCCAGCAUCUUGAUACAGACAGGAGGAGGAGUGGGGGCGUGUCUCCUAUGGGAGCAGUCUUCAUCGUGGUGAACGCAGCAUUGGGAGCAGGUCUACUCAAUUUCCCAGCAGCCUUCAAUAUGGCAGGAGGAGUAAUAGCAGGAGUGAUGCUUCAAAUGUUUAUGCUGAUCUUCAUCAUCACUGGACUCGUGAUUCUGGGUUACUGCUCCCAGGUCAGUAACGAGAGCACCUAUCAGGAGGUUGUUAGAGCCACGUGUGGGAAAGUCACAGGAGUCGUAUGUGAAGUAGCCAUUGCUGUGUACACCUUUGGCACUUGCAUCGCUUUCUUUAUUGUCAUCGGAGACCAGCUGGAUCGCUUGAUAGCUGCAGUGGCUCAUGAAACAGAUGGCAAGGUCAGCGGCUACUGGUACACCGACCGCAAAUUUACUAUCGUGGUUACUGCAGUCCUUGUUAUUCUUCCUCUCUCCAUCCCCAAAGAGAUCAGCUUUCAGAAAUAUGCCAGUGCACUGAGUGUGAUGGGAACCUGGUAUGUUACCAUAGUGGUGAUUAUAAAGUACAUCUGGCCUGAUAAAGAAAUUACUCCAGGCUAUACUCCCACCAGUUCUACUUCCUGGACUGCAGUUUUCAAUGCAAUGCCAACCAUAUGUUUUGGUUUCCAGUGCCAUGUCAGCUGCGUGCCAGUGUUCAACAGCAUGAGCAAGAAGGAGAUCAAACCGUGGGGAGUCGUCGUCACUUUUAGCAUGAUCAUCUGUCUCUUCGUUUACAUAGGCACAGGUGUCUGUGGCUUCCUUACAUUUGGCUCCAAUGUCAGCCAGGAUGUGCUGAUGUCAUACCCUCCUAAUGAUAUUGCUGUGGCCAUCGCAAGAGCUUUCAUCGUCAUCUGCGUGAUCACCUCCUACCCUAUUUUACAUUUCUGUGGCAGGGCAGUUAUCGAGGGACUGUGGCUGCGUUUCCAGGGUGAGCAGGUGGAGGUGUGUGUACGCCGUGAGCAGAGGCGGAGGAUCCUGCAGACACUGGUGUGGUUUGUUGUCACCCUCGUCCUCGCCCUCUUCAUCCCAGAUAUUGGUCGGGUCAUCUCACUGAUUGGAGGAUUGGCAGCCUGUUUUAUCUUUGUCUUCCCAGGCUUAUGUUUGAUGCAAGUCAAACUAUCAGAGACAGAUAACCGAUCUGCAAGCUGGCAUGGAUUGGUGGUCUUCGGUGUUGUCAUGGUUACAAUCGGAGCUUUCAUCUUUGGCCUCACCACUACCAACUCCAUCUAUCAAGACGUCGUCAGCUAAAAGGAACCUUUCUCUCGGAGCCUCGUCGUUGUGGACAGAGUUUAGUCCUGUGCUGCUAUUCUGAACUACUUAAUAAGAUGGAGAAGUAUCUCAUGACACUCAUUUAAAUAGUCGAGACCUCUACAGCAUGUCACAUCUCCGCUCUGUACCGAGUUAAAACUUCUCAGUCAAGGAGCAGCCGAAGACACCCCAGAAUGUCAAGUGACUCCAGACACUUUACCUUUUAAUUUCUGUGAAGUUUAAAUUGCAUGUUUCUAUGUUUUUUUAUGUUUUUGUUUUAACUUGCAGUGAAAGCGGUUUUUGACAGCGCAGCCACUCCGCAGGGGGCUUCUUAGCUGACCCUUUAUGGGUGACACAUUCCUGUCCUGUUUACAUGUACUAAGGGACUUUGUAUAGAAAGGUCUUACAAUCAAAUUGAUUUUAAUAAUGAAAUUGUACCAAUUUGUGUAUUUUAACUUGCAUGUCAAAGUAAAUGUUUCUUAUAAUUGAAAACGACAUACGGUGGUUCCCAGGUCUAAUCCAGUUACACACUUAAUGUUCGCCCUACUAAUCAUUUGUCCAUAAAUGAAAAUGUUUACCUUGAGUGAUGCACACACUAGGACACAGCGUCAGUGAUGAAUGAUGUGUUAACUGCAGGGCUUGAUUUGUUAAUAAUCACUCAGUACCUCUAGAUACGUGUAAAAUCAGUAUUACAGGUCUUCAACUGUGACAUGAGGCAUACUGACAUUGCAUUUUAAAGAACAGAUUUAGAAGCGCUUUUGAUUUAUUUAAAAGUUUUUAAAAAAAUGUAUAUUUGUGGUUUUGAGAACUAUAAUAGUGAUUUAAAAAAAAAUAAUAAUUAGCUUUGAGGUUAAUUAAUGCUUGUUAAGACAAGUUUGCAAAAGUACAAAACUACAUUAAUGUAAGCCUGCAGGACUUUAGAGAGAGGACUAGUGCCUCUAUGCCAAAAAGUAACUGCCAAUCUGGCUGAAACCUGCAAUAUUGUACCUCCCCAAACAACUGCACAGACCUGCAGGGUAUCCAACAGCACUGCCUUGUACAGAAUAUGAAAAUCCAAAUGAUUUCUCACAGUGGGUUGGAAAAUGAUAAUGUCUGUGUGAAUGUAUGCAACUGACUGACAUUCAGAUUGAACAAAUAGUUUGUAUUGGUUGGCAGGGAGAAAUCAACCAAACUCCUAAGUAGGACUUUGAUUCACCUGAAUCUGUAAAAACUGCAGACUUCAUGAUUCAAGCUCAAAAAUAAGAAUAUUUGUUCUUUUUUGGCUUAAACCAAAGUGUGAAUUUUCUUUAGUUUUUUUUUUAAUGCAACAUAAUCCAAAACUUUAAACACUAAAGGUGAUCAUAGCAUAUCAAGGUGGAUUGCAAAUUUAAAACUAAUUGCAUUUUAUUAAAUUACCUUUCCAACUGAGCUACAAUUGCAGUUUAAAAUGUUUGAUGACAUGGUAAUCAAAAUUAACCUCAGUGGCCUCCAUGCCUGGUUUUUAUCAUUUUACUGCUUCACUCAUAAUCUUGACUUUGUUUAGCAAGUUAUGAUUCAUAAUUCAAGCAUUUAUAACCUUUUUUUGUUACUGUUUAUCCAGGUUUUAUGAGUGAAACAGCAAUAUUUGGUGUUUCAUUUGUGAAUGUAAGGGACAAAAGGUCAAAGGGAAUGUGGUUUAUUCGCCACACUAUUAGUCUUUAUAUAUUUUCUUAUUUGCCAACUAAUUUGGAUGAAGGGGGAAACAAUCAGUGAAACAGAAACACUGUCUGCAGCACUGUCAUGUGACUGAUCAUGACACUUCACAGCUGCUGCCGUCAAUUUCAUUAGUAUGUUGCAGGUCUUUUGGGCAAUCAUUGCUGGCAUACAGUUUUAAUGGUUUGGAGUUUAAACAUUUAUGUCAAAUGUUUUGCUUAUGAUUUUUUUCCCCUUCAGCAUUUUGAACAACAGUUCAUCUGGAUCACAUGAAUGAAUGUCAGCUGCAUUUAUGAUCUGUCACUCAUUUACUGUGUUUUUUUUGCCAAACAUUUUAACCCAAUCAAAUGAUAUAUCCAUGUUGUUUUCUGCUGAAUGGUGACUUGCAAACAUUCAUGGGAAGAAAAGUGUUCAACAAACUACCUGUGA